AUGUCGGAUUUUAUGGCGAGCUGGUUUACGCCGACGUCUCUUUUCCUCCUCCUCAACUUCGUCAUCGGCACCGUCUUCCUUCUCUCCCUCCUUACUCCUCCCAAAACGCCGCCUCACUACGGCGGCAGAUACCACUCAGCUCCUUCCACUCUCCAUCGAGCUCCGUCGCUACUCGACCGCGUUAAAUCUAACAACUUCUCAGCCUUCAAAUUCGAGGACGUCCAUCAACAACAUGUGGAUAAUAACUUAGAGCGAGCCCCGUCGAUUCUCGAACGAGUCAAGUCCAUUAACUUGAACCUCUACGAAUAUCCUCCUCAAAACCCAGACCCGGUCUACGCCGAACAACCACCCCUCAACCGGCCGCCGUCGUUCUUAGAGAGUGUUAAGUCCGUCGUUUUC